AUGGCCAAGCUGCUGCAGGAUUCGCUGCCCAAGACCAAAGCCACUCGCGCCAGUUGGCUGGCCAAUCACCAAGAGCUGGACGACCAGGACCGAGUGGAUAGAGUGGAGUUCGUCGACCUGUACACGGGUUUCGUGAUGCUGUUGCUGCUGCCAGUGGCUGCAGUUGUCUACGUGGUUGUUAUGCUCGCUGCGUUGCCUGGCCUGGUGGUGGUUAAGAUCUACAUGGCUACAGCCUUGAAGAGACCUACGAAGAGCAUCGAGAGAGGGGCGGGCUUUCAGGUUCUAGCGAUCGUGUUGGGCAUGUUGGCACUGCCGUGCCACUUGAUUGUGCUGGUCUUCUGGGUCGUGGCAUUUCCGACGAUCUUCCUCUUCAGCGUGCUGUACUCGGUGGCGUCGCUGAAGAUCUUGCUGCUGAGAGACAAUUUGGCGCUUAUGCAGAGCUGCAGCCAGUGGCCGAAGUGGAGCUGGAGAGACACGGUAUGUGCGGUGGUAGGCACCAUGGACAGGCAAGGGUUCGUGAAGUUUGCACUCAAGUUCCCGUCCGCGAUGGUGGUCACGCCGAUCUUGAAGUAUUUAUUCGGAUGCAACCCGUUCUUGUAUCGACUGGCAAUUCGACAGCGCUGCUUAUGGACGUCACCGCUGGACUUUAAUGACCAGAAAGCAGUAGCUGCAGUUGUUCAGGCUGCGUCGUGGACGCUCGUUAACCUCACGGACUUGUUGCCGCAGCAAGUGAGCAAGCCUCCACGCAAAGACGACCGGAUUGUCAGCGGGCACAUCCCGUUCCCAGCCCCCGACCGGAUGAGCGGGACUGUCGUUGGCGUUCUUACUACGAACUCGCUCGUGACGUUCGUCAACGCAGACCACAACGUGAACGGCAGCAUCUUCCACAGCAUGACGGCCAAGAGGAGCAUCUACAACGUCUUGCUAUUCGUCUGGAACCCGUGCCACUACCUGACCGGCUACGUUGAGAUCAACUUACAGCACGACGGGGGCAUCGAGCAGGCCAUGUGGUGUAUUGUAGGAGACAACUACAUCGGGAACUUGCUGUUCGAGCGCACGGACGCGCUCUUCUGGCACUACGACCCCAUCAAACGCGGUCAGAUGGGGCCUUCUAGCCUACGGUUCAUCCGUGGGUCCAUUGCGUCGACAAUGUCAGUGACAGACUCGGUAGUGGCUUUGGACGGGAGCAACAAGGACCAAAGACGCGCCGCCAACGACACCGACGCCAGUCUGGACAGCUACGAAACCGCAGAGGGACUUGAAAGCUUCGAGACGGAGCUGAGUCUCGGAAGUUGCGGGUCUGAACAAGAAGACGACGACGUCAAGAACUGUAGCAGUCGCGUUACUAUCGGCGUCCCGAGCAGCAGCUUCACAUCCACAGGGGAGGUCCUGCCUAUUCCGGAAGAACGGAGCACGAUGGACUCGGUGGCCAUGCUGCAGUCAGCGUCCAGCUCCGCCUCGCAGUCGGACUUUAGCAUAUCAGACCGACGCUCUGAUAGGUUCUACCCGUACGUAGUGUGA